AAAGCAGCAAGCCAACAAGCAAAAAAGCCAAGAAGCAAAAAGCCAACAAGCAAGAAGCAGACAACCACCACACCUGUCUAUUUUGACGUGUGUUGUCCUCUGCGCUCAAUAACGUCUUUGCUUGACUUGUCUCGUUGUUGUUGGUCCGCCAACCACCAGUUGACGCACGUUGGCAGGCUCACAUCAACCGCUACCAGUGGCUUGUUGUUGUUGUUGUUGUUGUUGUUGUUGUUGUUGUUGUUGUUGUUGUUGUUGUUGUUGUUGUUGCUGCCUAGGUUUACAGGCAGCUUGCUUGCUUGUCUUGUGUUGUGUGGAGCGUGCGUGCUAGGCGUUGAUAGUACUCCUCGUGCGCCCUCGUGCGCCCUCUUCCUUCCCUUGCCUCUUUCCUCCCACAACCUUCACUUCUUCCUCACUACCUUCCCUGCUCCUUUUGAACAACGACGGGGACGACAGCCAAUUCAAUCCACCAUCAGCAGCAGCCAACCAACCAACCACCCCUAACCUCCCUCCCUCUCCACCUUUCUCAGGAACAAGGCGCAUGAGUGCUGCGGUGCCUCCAGACGAAGGCCAGCCUGCCAGCGCUGGCGACGCCCAACCGCCACCACCACCACCCAUGGAAGAUGACGCCCAGCAACCACCACAGAAGAUGGCAAAGGUCACUCCUCAACAACACACAAUAAGCACACACACGGAAGACCCGCCCCUGGUGCGACUGUCCCUCCCCGUGAGAAUUGCUCCAUCCGACUCCGACUCCACCCUGCCCACCUCUGCGUCCGGUCCCACCCCUCCUCAUAGCCAACCACAGCAAGCACCACCACACCCGUCAUCACAGCAACAACAUCCACAGCAACAACUGCAACUGCAGCAGCACAACAACCAGCACCCACCACAGCUUCCGCACCAGCACCACCCACAACCAACCCCUCCACAGCCCCUGCAACAGCAGCAACCGCAACAGCAGCAACAGCCGCAACAGCCGCAACAACUCUCGGCUGCACAACUACAGGCACACCAACCACAUCACCCUCCAACAUCGCCCAAGCACGUACCACCACAAAUGCAUGCCCAGGCCAUGGCAGAAUCAACCGACGGCACCGGAGCUUCGGACCGCAGACGAAAGCGAAGCAACCUCCCAAAGUCAACGACAAACAUGCUCAAGGCGUGGCUGUUUGACCACCAUCACCACCCCUACCCAACAGACGUGGAGAAGCGAGACAUGGCAACCAAGUUCAACCUAUCUAUGACGCAAGUCAACAACUGGUUUAUCAACGCACGGCGUCGCCUCCUGCAUCCACUCCGCAACAAGUCAUCCUUGGCUGUAAGCACGGCGACGAGCAACCCGCAGAAUGUGCUUGUGUUGGCGCAGGUGCCUGCAAGCAGCGCUGCGCCCCCGCCGCCCAGCAGUGGCAAUGGAAACGCAACUCAAUCGCAGCAGCAGCAGCAGCAGCAGCAGCAGCAGCAACAACAACAAGCACAUGUACAAGCACAGACACAUGCACAGCAGCAGCAGCAACAGCAACAGCAACAGCAGGUGCACUAUGUGGUGGUUGCGCCCGCAGGCCACCCCCUCUCGUCGGCGCAGUGGCCAUCGGGGCAGCCCGUGUCUGUGGUGGGCGUGCUGCCUGGCACCAGUGAUGCAAGCAGCGGCGAUGCUUCACUUGCCGCCACCGCCCCCGCCACCGCCACUGUUCAGUCCCAACUGCCGCUCGAUGCACGCCUGGUGGCCGUGCAUGACGACGACGCAGCCACGCGCCAGCAGCAGCAACACGAACAGCAGCAACACGAGCAGGAACAGCGACAACGAAGCCAGCAGGACGUCGAGGAACAACAACAACAACAGCAGCAGCAGCAGCAGCAGCAACCUGCGGUGGUGAGUGUGCAGGAUGCCCAGUCACGUCUGGGCCAGCAGCUGCACCAGCACCCGCUGCUGGAUGCGACUCGGCUGCCGACGUCCUCGUCCCACGCGUAUACGGUGGCGCCCUCACUGCUGCACCAACACCAACAGCUGCCAACCAUCGCGGUCCCCAUCCAACAACAGCAGCAGCAGCAGCAACAGGGGCAACAACAACAUCAACAGCAGCAUCAUCACCAACAACAGCAGCAGCACGUUGUCGUGUUGGCAUCUGGUCAUGGCGGCGGCGGCGGCGGCGUGGUGGUGUCGUCGGCACCGGAGCACCUCGUGCCCGUGUCCGCAUCGUUUGUUGACGCGCCAUCGUCCAGCGUCACCACUCCUUUGAUCCCGCCCUCCCGCGCGCACAACAUCAACAUGCACCCGCAGCAGCAGUGA